GCGGAAAUAGCGAGGGAGUGGUUGACAGCUGCUGAUCUCAAGAGUUUCACGAGCAAAACAAUACAAUUUUGCAAAUAUGGAGCUGUGUGAGAUAUUAUACAAUAAGGCAGAAUACAUCGAGACGGCGUCGGGCAAUAAAGUGAGCAGACAGUCCGUUCUUUGCGGCAGUCAGAACAUUGUACUCAAUGGAAAAACUAUUGUGAUGAAUGACUGUAUUAUCAGAGGAGAUCUUGCUAAUGUCAGAGUUGGGCGACAUUGUGUCAUUAAAAGUCGUAGUGUAAUCCGACCACCUUUUAAGAAAUUCAGCAAAGGUGUGGCUUUCUUCCCCCUACAUAUUGGGGACCAUGUUUUCAUAGAGGAGGACUGUGUUGUCAACGCCGCACAGAUAGGAUCAUACGUCCACAUUGGCAAGAACUGUGUGAUUGGUCGACGCUGCGUCUUAAAGGACUGCUGUAAGAUAUUGGAUAAUACUGUCCUUCCUCCAGAGACAGUGGUUCCUCCAUUCACAGUGUUCUCUGGCUGUCCAGGUUUGUUUUCAGGAGAGCUCCCUGAAUGUACACAGGAACUGAUGAUCGAUGUUACCAAAAGUUACUACCAGAAAUUCCUCCCUCUCAGCCAGAUCUAGGACUAAACUUCAGUUUUGUGUCUUCUGGGACCAAAAGCACUAAUAGACUGUUGCUGCAGUUACAUACUUGCAGUAAAUACACCUAGCUUUGAUCAUGUCCAUGCUAAUAUAGAAAAGUAUAAAAUAUGUGAAUCAGUUAUACACACAUCUCUCCUGUAUUUCAAAUAGGUAUGUUUAGAUUAAUGCAUCUUAUUUGAUGCCGUUGCAACACAGCAGUCUUAUUUGCAAUGCUGGGGGAGAUCACAAGACUCAGUGAUCAGCUGAUAUACUGAAAGUCCUUUAUUUAUUACAAAUGAGCUUUUUAGCUUUACCAUCUCUGCAACACUAAAUGGUAUCUGUGUGAUAAAACAGAUUUUAUUAUAGUUGUUAAUAAAUGCUUUUUUUAUAAAGAAAA